UCACUCGUAACCAUCUUUGUGGUGUUUUGACGCAGGGAAUUCAUUGUUCGUAUAACGAACGGGGAAGGAAUAAAGAUCGGCGGUGUAUUAGCUUCCUCCGUUGCGUGCUGACCCUCACGGGCUCAGAAAAUGGCUCAACAGCCGACCAGCAGUGCAUUACGAGCCUUGGCCCUAGAAUUCAAGAGCUUACAAGAGGAGCCCGUCGAAGGUUUUCGGGUGAAGCUCGUCAAUGAGGACAAUCUUUUUGAAUGGGAGGUUGCUAUCUUUGGACCGCCAGAUACGCUAUACGAAGGAGGAUACUUUAAGGCCCACAUGAAGUUCCCUCCUGACUACCCCUAUUCGCCACCAACAGUACGCUUCCUCACAAAAGUUUGGCACCCGAAUGUGUACGAGAAUGGUGAUCUCUGCAUCUCAAUCUUACAUCCACCCAUCGACGAUCCACAAAGUGGUGAGCUGCCUUGCGAACGCUGGAAUCCAACACAAAAUGUCAGAACUGUGCUGCUCAGUGUCAUCUCCCUCUUGAAUGAGCCCAACACUUUCUCUCCUGCCAACGUGGAUGCGUCAGUCAUGUACCGCCGCUGGAAAGACACUAAAGGAAAGGACAAGGAGUACGAGAACAUCAUCAGGAAGCAAGUGUCGUCCACACGUAUAGAAGCUGAUCGUGAUAACGUGACUGUGCCGAUGACGAUCGACGAGUACUGCGUCAAACACCGGCAAAAACUUCCAGACGACCCCGCGUCAGCUGCUGAGGCGGACAUGACGGACUUUUAUGACGACGAUUACGACGAUGAUUUGGAAGAUGACGAAGAGGAGGAUGAGGAAGAAGAAGAAAGGGGUGACACAGGUCCAGGAGGAAGGGAUGACGAAGAUUCAGGAAACGGGGAGUCCUGAUGUGGCUGUGUGAAAAAAAAGAACGUGAACUGAUGUUUUUUUCGCGCCGAGGAUCGGAGGGUCUUCGAGGAGGGAAGGGGAGCUUGUUCACUUUUUAUGUUUUUCUGUCAGUUGAUAUACGAGCCUCGCAUAGGCAUGAGGCUUUUUUUGAUUGGUAACCUGGAGCAGUGUGGUGGGGCAUCGGAUGUUUCCGUAGGUUAUGUGAGCCAGGGAGAAGGCUUUCGCUAAUCACCCGUAAGCUAUUACAAAAAAAGUGCUAGAUGAUUGGCUGGAUAAGGAGGUAGAGAAAAGCUUUGUGCUCUCCAGACUCCUAAACUAUAACUUUAGUUUACCAUCCGCUGCUGCCUGCUUCUCAAAAGCACUUGGCUGACGAGGAUUCUCUGUCUAGCAGUGCUUAAUUGUGGACUUUUCGGCCGCCGUUCGAGGAUAAUGCUGGGGUUUUCCCCCACUUUUACCAUCUCCGGGAAAAACCACGAGUACUUGUCGGUGGAGGCGUUCAAAAUGGGACUUAACUGCUGCUGUCUUAUGCCAGUUUGUGUUCACUAUGUGUAGCCUUGUGAAGGAGCUGCUACACUGUUGUUCCCGGGUAAUGGCACAUCUGCUCUCUGCGCUUCUGCCAUGGACCUCGCGUGAAUGGAAAAUUUAAAGCCGUUAUUUAUGUAUGGAGAGAACCCCCUUCCUUCCCCUUUGCGGACUAAACAUGCUUGCUAGUGGUAGCAGGUCUUGAAGCUCAAACGGCUUUACUGAGUCUUGCUUCAAAAAAACACGUGCAUCGGCCACUGCUUCCCUAUUUAAGAUAAUUGCUUUUUUUUUCUUUUUAAAUACUUUUGUGGAAUGUUGUCCAUAUGAGGCUGUUUUGAAGGGUGUGAUGUGGCAUUUUUGUUUUCGUAAAAGUGACUUAUAAAUAAAAAGAGACUGAGCCGA